UAAUCAGCUGAGCUCACAGCAAACUGGGUCAGGACCGUUUGCAGGAGUCAGUGCAGUGAAGUAUUUCAAAUCAUGUCUGCUGUGAUUGAGGUAUGAAGAUGUACAAAGUGAACUACUCUCCUCUCCUCCUACGUGCACACACACCACCGCCACCGGCUCCUCAGCCAUGCCAUAAAGUGUGUGACGUAGCCUACAGCCCCAGUAUGAAAGGGCAAACUCUGCUCAGUCAGGCAGACAGUGCAGUGCUGUGCGGGUCAGAUCCACCUGAUGUCAGCGUCCCGGCUCUGAAAGCUCACCUGUGGCCGGACGGAGCAGAGGAAACCUCGGGGAUGGAGAGGCUGCUGAGGAAAUGUCAGAUCAGAAGCCAGCUGCUCAGGGAGUGCUUGGCAGAAUGCCUCGGAGUCUACGUCCUGAUUCUGUUCGGAUGUGGCGCUGUUGCCCAAGUGACCACAUCUGAAGACAAGAAGGGGCAGUACCUGUCAAUCAAUCUGGGCUUUGCUCUGGGAGUAACGUUUGGGGUCUUUGUGUCUCGUGGAGUCUCAGGAGCUCAUCUGAACCCUGCUGUGUCUCUGAGUUUGUGUGUUUUGGGUCGACAUCCCUGGUUGAAGUUACCUUUCUACGUCUUCUUCCAAGUGCUCGGAGCCUUUCUGGCUGCAGCAACAGUCGGCCUGCAGUACCACGAUGCCAUCCACGCGUUCAGCGGAGGUGAGUUGACCGUGACGGGUCCCACUGCCACAGCCGGCAUCUUCGCCACCUACCCAGCUGAUUACCUGAGUGUUUGGGGAGGAGUCAUGGACCAGGUGAUCGGCACGGCUGCACUGCUGCUGUGUGUCCUGGCUCUCGGGGACCAGAAGAACUGCUCCCUCCCUGGGGGUCUCCAGCCGGUCCUGGUGGGAGCAGCCGUGCUAGUCAUCGGGAUCUCGAUGGGCUCCAACAGCGGCUACGCCCUCAACCCCGCCAGGGAUUUUGGCCCUCGACUGUUCACGUACUUCGCCGGCUGGGGAGUGGAUGUUUUCAGUGCCGGGGGAGGUUGGUGGUGGGUGCCCAUAGUGGCCCCCUGUGUCGGGGCGCUGCUGGGAACUCUGAUCUACGAGCUGAUGAUUGAGGUCCACCAUCCUCUCAGUCCAGCUGAGCUCCAGACCACAUGUCAAGAAGCCACUGAGGGCAGAUCGGAGCUGGAGCUGGACUGUGAAAAACCUACUUAGUGGUAAAUGAAGGGUUGUUAACCCUUUAUCAGGCGAAUAACUAUAUUUGGUAAACUCAGUAGAUAUCAAAAUGGGGUCGAGAAAAA